CUAUCAUCUUUUAAUUGUAAACUUCAGUCUCCCACUCAGAACUCCACUUUCGACUUUCAUUUUUUCAGUUUUCAUCUCCUCGUUCUUCUUCUUCUUCUUCUUUCUGUGCUCUGCACUUUACUCCUUGCAUGUCCUCCGCCUUACCUGCCGCAAUAUCUCUCCUUUUCUUUUUUACCUAGCUGUUACAGAUGCUUCCUUUUCAAAGCUGCUAUGAGUUUGUUCAUCGAGACCCAAGCCUCGUCAACGUAAUGGACUUAGACGCCGGAGAAUCUAUUCUCAGCUCCUCGUCGAGAUCGGAGAAGAAAUCAACGGAUGCAUGCAAGAGCCAUAAGGAAGCUGAGAGGAGACGCAGACAGCGUAUCAACGCUCACCUCUCUACUCUCCGUACUCUUCUUCCCAGCACCACCAAGACAGACAAGGCCUCGUUGCUAGCGGAGGUGGUGCAUCACGUGAAGGAGCUAAGGAGUCAAGCCGCUCACGUGGCGCGUCAUCAGGAUACCGAUGGUAGCUGUAGCAUUAGCUGCAGUGUAAGAGGAGCAGAGCCUGAGCAUUUCUGUGCGUUUCCAGGAGAAUCAGACGAGGCGACUUUGAGUUAUUGUGAUGGUGAGGUGAAGACGAUGAUGGUUAGCGUUUGCUGUGAGGAUAGGCCUGGGUUGAACCGUGAUUUAUCUCACGCUAUCCGUUUGGUUCGAGCCAGAGCGGUCCGGGCUGAGAUGAUGACGGUUGGAGGACGGACUAAAAGUGUGGUGGUGUUGCAAUGGGCUAGCGGUGGUGAUGGUGGAGAUGACGAGGUAGGAAUUCUGAGACGAGCAUUGAAGGCCGUUGUGGAAAAUCGGGUCUCGGGUUCUGGACUAGGGCAGGUGGUCCAUGGGAAUAAACGGGUUCGAGGUUACGGUUUGGUUAGUUGUGACGAUGAGUUUGGGAAUCAAAAAUGAAAAAUUUUUUUUAUUUAUAUUUUAAUAGUAUUUGUUUACUGGGAGUUUUUCUUCUUUC